GCGUGUGCCAUGCCAGCCUCCAAAGUCCAAACACAACAACAAAGCAGAGAGCGAAGAAAGAUACCCACUUCUCAUUUUCAGAAUCACAACACAAAGACCGACCCUUUUUUCUUUUUGUAAGAGAGAGAAAGAGAAAGAGCUGUUUGGUUUGGAUUGCCAGAAACAUGAACCAGAAGGCAAACGUUUCUAAAGAGCUUAAUGCCAGACACAGAAAGAUAUUGGAGGGUCUUCUUAAACAACCAGAGAACAGAGAAUGUGCAGACUGCAAAACCAAAGCUCCACGAUGGGCUAGUGUGAAUCUUGGGAUCUUCAUAUGCAUGCAAUGUUCGGGGAUCCACAGGAGUCUUGGGGUACAUAUAUCGAAGGUGAGAUCUGCCACAUUGGACACAUGGCUUCCAGAGCAGGUUGCAUUUAUCCAAUCUAUGGGAAACGAGAAAUCAAAUUGUUUUUGGGAAGCAGAGUUGCCUCCUAAUUAUGACAGAGUUGGAAUCGAAAAUUUCAUUCGUGCAAAGUAUGAACACAAGAAAUGGGUUCCUAGGGAUGGAAAAGCAAAAUCACCUCCAAGGGUGAGUGAAGAGAAGAAUUCCGUUUAUAGAGCGAGACCUGAAACUAGUAGUCAGCAUGGCCAUGUGAAAGAGAUGGAACGAUUUUCUGAAGAGCAGAAAGGUGCUCAUCCACCCAGUGCAAGUAACAGGGCACCUCAGCAGGUCAGUCAUGAUCCAAAACCACACCAACUUGAGCAAAAAUCAAAACUAGAAGCAGCCUUGAAAGCUGAACCUGCAGCAAGUCAAGCACCUAGUGCUGCCACGGUUUCCCUACCAGUUAAAGUGGAUUAUGCUACUCAUCUGUUCAAUUUGCUCUCUGUGGAAGAAUCUAGAGGAAAUGACUGUGUGACAUCUGCCAAUAAGAAUACAUUGGCUGGUCUCCAUGCAGAUGAAACAAAAUUGACCAAAGAGAAAAGUAAAAGAUCAGAAUCAUCUGAAAGCAAGAUUCAGCCAAAAUAUGGUUAUGGUAUUGAGGAUUUAUUUAUAGAUUCAACCCCAGUCACUCAACCCUUUUCAAUGAAACCCCAGAAUGACGUUAUGAACUUACUUGAGAAGUCCAGUAUGGCUUCUCCAUUCUCCAUGCAUCAACAGCAACUUGCAGUUCUAUCUCAUCAACAGUCGUCACUCAUGGCUGCUGCAGCAAAAUCUAGCGCACCCCAUUCAAUUCCUGCAAACCUACAACCUGGAUCCCAUGCUAUCCACUUGCCAACUCGAAAUGGGCAAAGCAUUGGCCGGCAAGUUCCUGGAAACCUGGUGCCUGCUCAUCCUCCUCCACAACAUUAUACUCAGAUUGGAAACGGCGGUCCUACACGCCCAGUAGGGAAUGCAGUUCCUUUCCCAACAUCAAGCAUGUACACGACAAGGCCAGUAACUUCAGUGAAUGGUGUCACAAACCUUAGAGCUACCGGAUUUUCAACAGCGUCACCGAUAUCUACCAUCCCUCCCACUAAGUCGGGAAGGGAUUUUGAUUUCUCAUCACUAACUCAAGGAUUGUUUACUAAACGAUGAGCAAUUGCUCAUUUUAACCGCAGCAUUACCUAGUUGGUUCCUUCCUGAGAUGGUGACUUCAAUUGUAUCAGCAGCUGUGUAUUUCUGAAGUUUAAUUCAUUAUUGAAAGAAAUUAAUAAUACUUAAAAGCAA